AUGUCCGCCAUGAUGCUCCGGAGACAGAACCUCCAACGCUUCCAGCGUCUUGCUCUUUCCCAAACCUCAAGGACCCUCUCACAAACACCCAGAUACGUUCAUCAGAGUGCACGCCAGAAUGUAUCUGUACCGACGUCAUCGCACACAUCCGACCUCCUUUCCAGCCAGCCAGAGUCCCAAAUUGCUCAGACAAAGCCAGUUCUUGGUCUUCUGCCGACAUCUGCUGUUCUCCGUUCCUACCUCAUCACCGCAAUGUCCUCGCAGCCAUUGCUCCUCAAUGCAUGCUUUGGCCUCCUACGUCGCAUGCUCGAGUCCAAAUCCUACAUCAUGAGCAUUGAGCGCAACCCUGUCCUCUCCAACCUGCUCAAGAAGACCUUUUACGCUCAGUUCUGCGUCGGCGAGCACAAAGACGAGGUAGUAAGGAACACCGACUUUGCUAGGACCUUGGGCUAUGGCGGUAUUCUGUUUGAGUACGCACUCGAGGUACUUGGCGGAGAGGCGCCGACCGCAGCCGAGACCAAGAAGGAGAUUGAGGUAUGGAGAAAGGGCAUGCUCCAAAGUGUUGAGAUGGCCAAGGAGGGUGACUUUGUUGGACUCAAAUGGUCGGGUCUCGGUCGUCACGCUUUACACCUCCUCAAAAACCAGGAAGACGCUACGCCCGAGAUGUGGGACGCCAUCACAGCAGCCUGCGAUGCUGCCGCAGCCAAGGGCGUCAGUCUCCUUCCUGGCGCUGAAGAAGAAGCUACCAACCGUGGCCUCGAGAAAUGGACACUUGCUCUGCAGAAGAAGUACAACACCCCCGAGCGAGGCCAUGCCGUUCUCUACAUCACGUACCAAUGCUACCUCCGCAACAUUGCCGAGCGGUUGGCACAGCAUCUCGAGAUGGCUUCAAAGGGUGGAUACAUUGCCGGUGUCAAGCUCGUACGCGGCGCAUACCUGACUUCGGAGCCCAAGCACCUCACCUUUGAUACCAAGGCCGAAACCGACGCCAACUACGAUGCCAUCGCCGACGCUGUCGUCCGCCAACAAUGGACCGACAAGGUUCCUGCACCAACACCCGGCACACCCUUCCCUCAGGUGAACAUUGUCCUUGCAACUCACAAUCUGGCUUCCGUCAAAGCUGCUCAGAAGAUCCGUGCCUCUCAGAUGCUCGCCACCUCUCCCGAGAAGCUACCGCGUUUGACAUAUGCCCAACUCCAGGGUAUGGCCGAUGAAAUCUCCCAGGCGUUGGUUCAAGACGAGACCAUGAAGGCCGACAAGCAGGCCAAGGUUGUCAAGUGCAUGACCUGGGGCACUACUGCCGAGUGCUUGAACUUCUUGCUCCGUAGGGCCAGCGAGAACAAGGAGGCUGCGCUCCGUACCGAAGACACCAGGCGAGCCAUGGGCAAGGAGCUCUGGAGGCGCCUGAAGGGAACCUUUGGUCUCGCCUAA